AUGUCGAGCUCAAAUGAUGUUGUUAAGAAAACUAAGGGUCGACAAAAGGUUGAGAUGAAGAAAAUGAGCAACGAGAGAAACCUUCAAGCCACAUUCUCAAAACGACGUAGUGGGAUUUUCAAGAAAGCGAGUGAACUUUGCACCCUUUGCAAUGUCGACAUUGCUGUUGUUGUCUUCUCACCCGCUCACAAAGCCUACUCCUUUGGAAGCCCUAACGUUGAUGCUGUCAUCCAACGUUAUCUCACGUGGGCCCCACCACCACCGCAAACCUUGCAAAACAUGAUUGAGGCCCACCGCAGCAGCAAUGCGCGUGACCUCAACGCGCAGCUCGCUCGUCUCGCCAACCAGCUUGAAGCUGAGAAGAACCGUGGAGAAGAGCUAAGUGAUUCAUUGAAGGCAUCACAAGCCCAAUGGUGGUGGGCUUCUCCCAUUGAAGACAUGAAUAGGGCCCAACUCGAAUGGUUGAAAGGGUCGUUGGAGGAGCUAAAGAAACAUGUCACUCACAAAGCUCAAACCCUCCUCAUUCAAAGUGCUAAUUUUAAUAAUAAUAAUUCAAUUAAUCAUCUUUUCUCUGGGAACUCCUUUUUGGAUGUUAAUAACAAUUUGCAUCCACCAUCUUUGCUUCAGAACAAUUAUGUCUUUGAUGGGAACAUGAUGCACCAUCAUCACUUUAACAACAUUGGAGGAUAUGGACCUUAUGCUGCUGAUGCUGGAUUCAAUGGAUCCACUCAGAACAUGCCAUCUCUUGAUGAUACACUAUUUAUGUAA